CAUUAUAUAUAUUCAUCUCCCUCCUCCUUCCCGCAAUCGAAAUGAGCUAGCACAAUGGAGCCCUGGACCAACAACGACACCAUGAAAAAGAAGCGGAGGCCCACCCGCAAACCCGUCCGCCUCCGCUGCUCCGUCAAGAACUACGACUGGGGCAUUCUCGGCCACCAUUCCAAGGUCGCCCGCCUCUCCGCCCUCAACUCCGGCUCCGACAUCGACCCCUCCAAGCCCUACGCCGAGUUCUGGAUCGGCACCCAUGAAUCCGGCCCCUCCUAUGCCGAUGAUCCCGGGUCGGACCACGACCCGGUCAGCCUCAAGUCGUGGAUCGCCCGGGAUCCGAGUGUCCUCGGAGAGAAGGUUCUCCACAAGUGGGGCCCUGAUCUUCCGUUCUUGUGCAAGGUGCUUUCAGUUCAGAAGGCUUUGUCGAUACAGGCGCAUCCGGAUAAGGAGAUGGCCAGGGUGCUGCACAAGUUGCACCCUAGUGUUUAUAAAGAUGAUAAUCACAAGCCUGAAGUGGCAUUGGCGCUGACCGAGUUUGAGGCUCUUUGUGGAUUCACUAGUCUCAAGGAGCUAAAAGAAAUGCUUCGUACUGUCCCUGAGAUAGCCGAAUUGGUUGGGGUAGUAGAUGCAGAGAAAAUUCUACUUGUAGGUGAGCGACAUGAGAACGGGAAAGUAAACACAGAUUUAGAGGCCAUGUUCAGUCGGCUUAUGUUGUCAAGCAAAGAGACAAUUUCCAAGAUAAUAUCCAGACUGAAAAGACGUCUUAAUCUAGAGAAAAAGAAAAGGCAAUUGACAGUAAAAGAACAACUGGUACUCAGAUUAGAGAGUCAAUAUCCAGCUGAUGUGGGUGCCAUAGCUGCAUUUUUCCUGAACUAUGUGAAGCUGAAACGUGGUGAAGCAUUGUACUGUGGGCCAAAUGAACCCCAUGCAUAUAUUUCUGGUGAAUGUGUUGAAUGUAUGGCUACCUCUGACAAUGUUGUUCGAGCUGGCCUUACCUCGAAGCAAAUUGAUGUUCAGACACUUCUUUCUAUGCUCAAGUACAGACAGGGAGCUCCUGAAAUUAUGCAAGGAGUUUCUAUGAACGCAUACACAAAAAGAUUCGUCCCACCAUUUGAAGAAUUUGAAGUCGAUUCCUGUAAUCUUCCUCAUUCUGCUUCAGUGGUGUUUCCCGCCGUCAUAGGACCAUCCCUUUUCCUAGUCACUGGUGGAAAAGGCAGGUUUGAUGCAGGUUUGGCUGAGGAUGACGUUGUCACAGAUGAUGAUAUAGUUGAGGAGGGGGAGGUUCUAUUUGUGCCUGCCCACACCAAGAUUAGCAUUACUGCUAUAUCCACAGAACUACAUUUGUAUAGGGUGGGGGCGAACAGCACAUUUUUUAGGGACUUGUAGCCUGCACUUAAGAAUUACCGAAUUACUAUCACAUUUUACUUCACAAGUUUAGAUCAUAUGCAGACAAUUCUUGUCCGUAGGCAUUUGUAGUAAUGCUCUUUUAUUCUUUAAAUUUUUUUAUUUCUCCGAAUUUCUUACAACUGAACAACAUAUGUUUGUAAGCCAGUUCUAAUAUGUAUAUUUAAUUUAAUUUAAUACUUAUUCGGAAUGUAUCAUUAUUUGUUUUUGGCUACAGAA